CACUACCCAAAACACGUUCAGAUGUGCACAUCUGGGCUGAAGUAGGAUGAGAGAGGAGCCUCCCUAAAAGGAUUACUCUUGCUCUGUAAGGAUGAUUUGGAAAACAGCUUUACACCUCGCGCGAUGCUGGAUCGUCCUGUCUUUAGUGUCCGGCCAGCUGACUGAAGAGCAGAAGGAUCAGAUCGUGGCUUUGCAUAACCACUACCGCUCUGUGGUCAGUCCCAAAGCUGCUGAUAUGCUACACAUGACUUGGAAUGAUACCCUAAGUUCUAUCGCUGAAGGUUACGCUGCUCUGUGCAUUUGGAAUCACAAUCCUGCUGUGAGAAACAUACUGGGAGAAAACCUCUUCCUCACCACCGGUCAUCUAAACAUCAACAGAUCCAUGGCUGCAUGGUUUGAUGAAUACAAAGAUUAUGUAUAUGCAAACCAAACAUGCAAAAAUAUCUGCGGACAUUACACACAGAUGGUGUGGGCGAAGAGCAACAGGGUCGGCUGUGCAUCACAUUUCUGCAAGACAGUUGAAGGGUCCACAUAUAACAACACCAUGAUUGUUGUCUGCAACUAUUUCCCACCAGGAAAUGUGGAGGGAGUACAACCAUAUGAAGCAGGAGAUCCAUGCUCGAAAUGUCCAGAGGAGAUGACUGGAUGUAUAGAAAACACCUGCAGGGAGGAUACGUAUUCUGGUGGUGGCAGUGGUAGUGGAGAGGCACCUUCUACUGUUUACACAACCGCAAGUACUAAUGACAUUACUCCAACAACUCCCGGUUCAGAAACAGAGGAUACCACAACAGAUAAUGAUGAUGAAAGCACAACAGAGGAGUCCAGUGUGCACCUGUGUACAAGAGACACAACCUGGAUGGAGCCCGUGGAUGCAGCGGCAUUUACAAAACUUUCACUGGGUACACUACUGCUCUCUGGGCUGAUGGUUUCUUUUAUAUUCUAAUGACUUGAACGUGCUCGUACAGAUAAUGCCAGCAAUCCUGACAUGCAAUCUCAGGAAAUUUCCAUGAAUCAGGGAUGACAUGAUGAGAUGAGAGUCUCGUGUUGUCUUGAUUCCUCACCACAACACCUUUACAGUUAACAGCGCUUAUAUCAAAUAUUAGCAGAUGUUUUAGAGCCGGUAAGCAAUUAAAAAACUUAAAAGCUUUAUAUAUACUGUAUAUAUAUAUAUAUAUAUAUAUAUAUAUAUAUAUAUAUAUAUAUAUAUAUAUAUAUAUAUAUAUGGAUAUAUAUUCAGAAAUUACAUGGAUCAUGUAAGAAUGUAUUUGUGUGUGGGUUAAAUCACACUAAAGCACUUACAAUCCUGUAAUAGUAGAAAUACAACAUUGGACAGACAGAGCUACUGGGUUCAAACCUCGAAAGAGGUCCAAAUGCACACAGAGCUGAUGGAGGCUAGUUAACUAACAGAGAACACAAGAAAUAAAAUAAACACAGAGUGUACAAAUACACACAUCUUUGCAUUCUCUUUUGUCUAACUCCAGGGGAAUGCAUUUUAUUUUUUUCUGAUAUAACAGUAACGUUAGUGUUUUAUACAUGUUUACAAUGUAUUUAAAAUACUUUUUGUCUUUGCAUACUUUCCCAGAAGAUAGUACACAGGCUGACAUUUUAAUAAAUAAAGUUUAGAUGCUUUGAUCUGAAGUGUAUAGCAAAAUGUUUGAAUGAAGACACUGGAUGACAUUGAAUUUUAAAUCGUAAGGAAAGUGUUUGUUUGUAUACAGUUUACAUUGUAUAUUCAAGCUCAUCGAUUGUGUGGAACGAGUGUGGAUUUAUUGUAAUGGACUGAUUUUUGGAGGCUCAGAAAGGAAACAAGUUCUUGGAAUUUCUGGGAAAAAUAUUUUAAACUGUAAUUUGAUGAAAUAACUGGAUGUAUUGUGUAUUAUUAGACAUCUUCACUUAUAUAUUUGAAAGCAGUGACACUUAACAGUACAUUUAAAGUUGUCUUUGUGUAUGUUGGUUUUUUUUUUUCAUUUCAUGACAGUGUAUCAAAUUACUAAACAUUUGAAUUACUUUACUGAUAAACAAAUUGUUCUAACCCUUUAAGCCCUUUUUAGGACUUUUAUUAAAAAAAAAAUUCUAACCGUU